CUCAACUCCUGGCCACCAGAAACACUACAAUGACAGAAUUGCGGUCAUCGAGAGCGUUUCAUUGAGAGUUUGUCAUGCUGGGAAAGCAGUAUUCUCAAAAUCACCAUGGACUAUACAAAAAGUAACUUUUUAUGUGGCAUGGCAAUCUUUAAUACAGCAAGUACCUGUUCAGAAAGAUAAUUUGUUUUGUGGAAUGGGAUUGAAUUUAC